UUUGUAUUCCUCAUGCACACGCACAGACAGCAGCAGCAGCGCUUCAGUGUGAGUCAGAGCAGAGCGGGGAAACCUCCGUCUACUCUCACUGUCGGCUUGUUUUUAUCUCCACUGAGGAAACGCCUCGCUCCCUGACCUUACAAGUCUCGGAUUUAUGCUGUGUGUGGAAGAGAUCUAUUCGUGAACUCUUCGUAGUGAGGAGAUAAACAGAGGCCAGCGGUCUGCGGUACAACAUAUCAUCAGAAAACAGGAGGAGGACCCAACGCCCUUCCCAGACCGACCAUGCAUACCUGCCUGGGUUGAUGUGGAUGCUUUAAUGGGUUUGCAUGGAUAAGAAUGCAAUGGAUCGCUUUAUGGGAUCAUAACCUGGUGUUUUUUUCCUUCAAAACUGAAAGUCGUCUCAGUUUGGAUGCUAAACAACCAAUGAAUCUGAAGCCUGGAAGCCUCGAGAUCAAAGAGGCGAGAUAGGCGACGUUGCUAUGUGAUUUAUUGAUUGUUACACAUUUAUCAUAAGAUGGGGAACGGUUUCUCCAACAUCUCAGCGUUCCAGUCCCUGCACAUCGUGAUGCUAGGCUUGGAUUCGGCCGGUAAAACCACAGUACUGUAUCGGUUAAAGUUUAACGAAUUCGUCAACACCGUUCCCACCAUCGGCUUCAACACGGAGAAGAUCAAACUCAGCAAUGGCACCGCCAAAGGGAUCAGCUGUCACUUCUGGGACGUCGGCGGACAGGAGAAGUUAAGACCCUUGUGGAAAUCCUACAGCCGCUGCACGGACGGUAUUAUUUACGUGGUGGACUCGGUAGACGUCGACCGGCUCGAGGAAGCCAAGACGGAACUGCAUAAAGUCACGAAAUUCGCAGAGAACCAAGGAACUCCUCUGCUGGUGAUCGCCAAUAAGCAGGACCUCCCCAAAUCCCUAACAGUCACCGAGAUCGAGAAGCAGCUGGCUCUCCAUGAACUGAGUCCCUCCACCACGUACCACGUCCAACCGGCCUGCGCCAUCAUCGGCGAGGGUCUCCAUGAAGGAAUGGACAAACUUUACGAGAUGAUCGUCAAACGAAGGAAAUCUCUCAAACAGAAGAAGAAACGAUAGACCAUUGCAGACUCGUGGAGACAUUUAAAGGGAUAGUUCACCCAAAAACGACAAUUCUGUCAUCACUUACUCGAAUCGAAAACUAAAAUCGUACAGAUUUAGAAUUACAGUACGUUUGGGUAAAUGAUGACAGAAUUGUACUAAAUAAAAUUGCCAUGAAAGAUUUGAUGGGUUUUGCCUUGGUAUGCCAGAUUUGGUAACACUUUGUACUAACUUUCAUUAAUAAUAUUUACGUAAAUAUCCGUAUGAAAUCUUGAUCUGAUAACUGUGAUGUAUUAAAACAUUUACACAGCUUACUUGAACAAUAUAGCAUCUUUGCCACAACCAAUGGCGUGAGUUUCGGCAGGACAAUCUGUUUGUCCGACCAAUGGCUGAUGCAUCUGGGAAACCUGGAAAAUCUUUAGUUGUGGUGCUGUUGUGCAGAAAUUACACACUUUAAGCAUGUUUCUUACUUAUUAGUGAAAGUUAUUAUAAAGUGUUACAAAAAAAAAAAAUACAGUGGUUAAUAAUAUGCUUGCGUAUAGAACCAAAAACUACUUAAAUAAAUAGCGAGAAAAUAUGUAAUUAGCCAAUAAAUUAAAAUGCAUAAAAAUAAGAGAAAAAAAAAAAUGGGCCGGACCCAUGUUGCUGCUUGAUAUUAACUCCAUAAAUAUUGCUAAUAAACAGUAGCCUGUGCUUUUGUUACAAAAUCAUUCCUUAAAUAAACUGAAUUAAAUCGAUUUUUUUGUACAUUAAGCUUUUCUUGCAUAACUAGCAGCACAUUGAACCUUAUAGUUCCUCCAAUGCAGUUUUUCCAAUUUUUUUCCAUCUGCCUACUUUGAACAUGUUUGUUUUGUUAAAAUGCUACUUUGUACUACAAUCAGAGUUUGCUGUAUCAUGAAACCAUGUAGUGAAAUGAAGACUGUUUAUGCACA